AUGAUUUUUCUGCUGGCUUUCAUUGUGCUGGGAUCAUCAGCAUCGACGUCACGCCCACACAUUAUAUUCAUGCUUGCGGAUGACAUGGGAUGGGACGACGUCAGCUUUCACGGAUCUCCCCAGAUACCGACCCCGAACAUGGAUGUUCUUGCUGCCGACGGAAUCAUCCUCAACAACUACUACGUUCAACCACUCUGCACACCAUCGAGGGUGGCGCUCCUGUCGGGAAUGUUGCCCAUCCACACUGGCCAGGAACACUUCGUGCUUAGUCCCGCCGAGGCAGGUGGUCUGCCACUGCGGUUCCGGAUUAUGCCGCAAUACUUCAGGGACCUGGGCUACGAGACGCAUAUGGUCGGCAAGUGGCACAUCGGAUAUUCCAGUAAGGAGUAUACGCCGACGUUUAGAGGAUUUGACAGCUUCUACGGUUACUAUAAUGGCGCAGAAGAUUACUACAAUCACACGAUAGAAUUUCAAAAUCAGACUGGGCUCGACUUUUGGCUGAACAUGACACCACUGUUCAAUGAAACCGGAAAUUAUUCAACUACUCUCUACACGGAACGAGCCAAGCUGCUCAUUCGAAACCGGAACACUGCGAAGCCGUUGUUCCUCUACCUGUCAUACCAGGCCGUUCACGGUGGCAGCGCGGCUGAUCCACUUGCAGCACCAGAGGAGAACGUCGCGAAGUUUCCCUAUAUAGGAGAAAGGAACAGAACCUUAUUUGCCGGUAUGACGGACGCGCUGGACGAGUCAAUCGGGGACGUGUUCGAGGCCCUGUUUGAGGCGGACAUGCUGGACAACACCAUCCUCGUGAUGAGCAGCGACAAUGGCGGCCUUCCCUUUGGACAGGAGUCCAAUAGUGGCUUCAACUUUCCUUUACGUGGAGCCAAAGGCACCCUCUGGGAAGGGGGAACCAAGGCCAGUGCCUUCAUCUGGAGCCCUCUUCUCAACCAGAGGCAGAGAGUGUCGAACCAGAUGAUGCACAUCACCGACUGGCUACCCACUCUAUACUCUGCAGCCGGAGGGAGUCCCGCAAGUUUAGGCAAAGUCGAUGGCUUCGACAUGUGGACUCAAAUAUCCUACAACCUGCCUUCUUCGCGCUACGAGGUCCUGUACAACUACGAUCCUGUCGAUUUGUAUUCGGCCCUUCGGUACACGACCUACAAGCUGGUUUUGGGGACUUACAACGGUGGGGUGUACGACCAGCGAUUUCGAACGCCCGGAGGCUCGCGUCCGUACGGAGACCUAGAAAUCCUCAUGGCACAGUCUAAGGCAGCCAGGAUACUCAGGGGCGUCUACAACACAGGAAGUGUUUUGCUGCCCACGAACUGGAGACAGCGAGCGACAGUCUAUUGCAACCAGAACGUACAGAGGAACUUUGUUUCGCAGGCUUCGCCCUACUUGUUUGACCUGGCGAACGAUCCGUGCGAGCAGAACAACAUCGCAAGCGCACAAGUUGGAUCAUCCGUAGAGGCAAUGAAAGAAACGAUAAAGGGCCUACAAGAAUCGGUCAAGAAGUAUGAAUCAAUGAUGGAACUCGUCAGUGGAAACGAUAAGGAGGUGAGGUUACUUCGAUCCGAAGUCGGUGUACUUCAGGGCAGGGUGACAGAUGAAACCGUCAUGUUUGAACAGCUCCAUGCGAACAUAAAUUCAACCGAACAAUACAGUAGAAGAUGCAAUGUGGAGAUUCACGGUAUUCCGUUCACGAGAAACGAAGAGCUGAGGGCCGCCACGCAGGACCUCGCAGAAAACUGGAUAUUGGGAGCCAUACCCCUGCCGAUGUUCUAG